AUGGCUGACUCUCACGUCUCCGAGCGCAACGCCCUCACCUCCCGCAUCAUCCCCCAAAUGACCCUCUCCGCCGGCGUCGCCCCCUCCGCCCCCGACUCGCUCCACCCCUGGCCCCGCGACUCCGCCGCCGGCCGCUUCAGCAUCGCCGGCAACGCCGUCAUCACCGGCGGCACCGGCGGCAUCGGCCUCGUCGUCUCGCGCGCGAUCCUCCAGCACGGGGCGUCGGGCCUGAUGCUGCUCGACCUCAACGCCGACGCAUCGCAAGACGCCGUGCAGGCGCUGCGAGCCGAGUUCCCGCAGGCCUCCGUCGAGGUCCGCUCCGUGGACGUGACCGACGAGGACGCCGUGAACGCGGCCAUCGCGGAAGCCGUCGAGACGCUGGGCUCGGUGGACAUGCUCGUCUGCCUCGCGGGCAUCGUGCACUCGUCGCACGCCCUGGACACGCCCAUCGCUACCUGGCGGAAAGUCCUCGACGUCAACACCACGGGGGCCUUCAUCUGCGCGCGCGCGGCCGCCCGCGCCAUGGUCGCCCGGGGCGCCGGCGGGCGCAUCGUCCUGACGGCGUCCAUCUCGGCGCACAGGGUCAACUUCCCGCAGCCGCAGGCGGCCUACAACGCGAGCAAGGGCGCGCUGCUGAUGCUCAAGAGCUCGCUGGCGGCGGAGUGGGCGCGGCACGGCAUCGCGGUCAACAGCAUCAGCCCGGGGUACCUGGACACGGUGCUCAACGAGGGCGAGGGCCUGGCGGAGGCGCGGAGGAUCUGGAACGAGAGGAACCCGAUGGGGAGGAUGGGGCUGCCGGAGGAGGUGGCGGGCGUGGUGGUGAUGAUGCUGAGCCGGGCGGGGAGUUAUAUGAACGGGGCGGAUGUCGUGGUGGAUGGAGGAGGGCAUGUGUUUUGA